UGCGCACUCGCGGGGCCGCGGCGCCGAGAGGGCGGGACCGUUGGGGGUCGGUCGCGGGUCGCUCGGGCCGAGCUCUGGACCGGACGGAACUUGCUCGCCUCGGGCAGUUGCAGGCGUUCGCGGCUCCUCCCGUUCCGCAGGGCCACGCGUUUCUUUUAGAGCUCUCGAUAGAAGCCGACUCGGCGCCGGCCGGCCUCGGCUGUAACGUAAUCAGUCCGCGACACGGCCUCCGUCCGUGGCCGCUGGCACUAGGGAGGCCGCCGCGAUUUCGAAAGACAGAUGGAACCGGAUGUCCUCGCCUGAAAACGAGGACUCCCUGGGGGAAGGCCGUGCCUUGCGACGGCUAAGCACCUCCCGACUCCGGAAAGGGGCCUGCGGCGUCCGCCAUCUUUAUGACAUCAUCGCGUCGCUGCGGCGCCAUCUUCCGCGCAGCCCCGGGAAGCUCCUUUCUUUUCCCGGCGUUCCUGAGAGGGCCGCCCUCGCGGCGUAGAGCCUUUGGGCGCGGGGUACGCUGGGAGUUGUAGUCCCGGCGGACACGGCCUGACGGAGUCUCCGGAAGCGGAGGCGUGAGAGGCCGGGCUGUGCGGGCUCUGGGCAGCGGGACGGCCGAUUGCUGCGGGGCGCUGCUCCCGGGGCAGGCCAUGAACGGGCCGGCGGACGGCGAAGUGGACUACAAGAAGAAGUACCGGAACCUGAAGCGGAAGCUCAAGUUCCUCAUCUACGAACACGAGUGCUUCCAGGAGGAGCUGAGGAAGGCGCAGAGGAAGUUGCUGAAGGUGUCCCGGGACAAGAGUUUCCUCCUAGACCGCCUUCUGCAGUACGAGAACGUGGAUGAAGACUCUUCUGACUCCGAUGCCACCGCAUCUUCAGAUAACAGCGAGACCGAGGGAACGCCCAAGCUGUCAGACACGCCGGCCCCUAAGAGGAAGAGAAGCCCUCCGCUGGGGGGCGCCCCCUCCCCCUCCAGCCUCUCCCUGCCUCCUCCAGCGGGGUUUCCCCUUCAGGCCUCCACGGCCUCCUCCCCGUACCUGAGCUCGCUGGCUUCCCCGCCCUACCCCCCAUUCCCUUCUGACUACCUGGCCCUGCAGCUGCCCGAGCCCAGCCCCCUGAGGCCCAAGCGGGAGAAACGGCCCCGCCUGCCCCGGAAACUCAAGAUGGCGGUGGGACCCCCCGACUGCCCCGUGGGAGGGCCGCUGACCUUCCCAGGCCGGGGUUCUGGGGCCGGGGUGGGGGCGGCCCUGGCCCCCUUGCCGCCCCCCAAGAUGCCCCCCCCCACGAUCCUGAGCGCCGUCCCUCGGCAGAUGUUCAGCGACACGGGCAGCGGGGACGACGCCCUGGACGGGGACGACGACCUGGUGAUCGACAUCCCGGAGUGACCCCGCUCCGGCCGGGCGCCCACCCUGUGCCCGGAUCAGCACGCACGAGCCCCCACUUCCGCAGAGACGUUUAUUGACGUCCAGUUGCCAUGCGGCGGCCGCUGACACAAUCAGAAGAGGCGUAAACAUGCACGAAUGUCCCCCCCACAGAGAGGUGGGUCCCUGUGGGGCAAGGCAGAGGCCCCGCCCUCCCGUCCCGGCCCCAGCCAGGGGACACUUCUUCAGAUGAGUGGCCACGAGCAUCUGCCCGCUCUGGGACGGACAGAGAGCCCGCGGUCGUCUCCCCAUUUAAAAGGGCAGCUGUACAGGGCUAGGUUGGUUGGUUUUUAACGAGGAUUCUGUAUUAAAGGAGUGGCUCUUUUUU